GAUCAUGUGAUCGAAUAAAUUAUCUACCGGAAGUCUAAUAAGCAGACAGCAAACAGGUGCCCAAAGUAAUCAAAGUUUUUAAUGAUUGAAACAACAAUGAACUAAAACAUCAUCUUUUUAUCAAAUUAGAAAAUAGAAAAUGACCACUGCACAAGGGAUAGACAAGAUUCAAGACUCUCACGGUUACCUGGUGCUGACUGAUGAUGGAGCUGUUCUUAGUUCAGGAGGAGACUUACAAAAUGCAGAAUCAAUUGCUGAAAAAGUUUUGAAGUUAGUUCAUACAGCAAACAAAAUCCAAGUUACUUCAGACAAGAGAGACACUUUUAAAAGAAUUUCAGUUGUUUGGGAAAGUUUUAUGUAUGUUAUUACAGCUUCAAAUCAGAAGAUUUAUGUUAGUAAAAGACAGUAUUCACCACAGGAUCCAGCAGUAGCAUGAUUCAUUAUAUAUUUUAUAUUAUCUUUAUAUUAUAACUUGCAAUAUCAUAAUCAUUUUCUUAUACUAUUUGUUUACAUAUGUAAAUAAAACAUUUUCUUCUAUUGUA